AUGACGCACUUGUCGCUCGUGGCGGCUUUAAAGACAUUGCCAGUCUCCGACACGGUCGUUUCCAUCACAAGUUGGUUCCUCAUCUUUCUUUUUUCUCGCUUGUUCUUUUCCUCGUGGCUUUUUCGUGAUUAUACAGUCCGUAGUGCCCUAACACCACUGCUUUUUACAACAUCGCUGACCUUUUCUCUCAGUCUUUUUCAAAUGGUUUUGUUUGAAAUGACGGAUAUUCUGGACGUUACAAGUCGUCAAUGGAUUUUACGAGUGGAUCUGAUUGUCAUGACGUAUUUAAUUGUGGUGAUUCUACCAUUUUCGCUCUUUUAUGAGCUUGCAAAGGAGUAUUUUGGUGUGAAGACAAGAAAAGCUUGUGUCAUGGCCAUGGGGAUGUUGGUUUUGUACCUUUAUGGCUUUUAUAAGCUUGGAGAUGUAAUGGAACAGGAUUUACCCAAUCAAUCAGUUGAAGGUGAACUGAUUGGUUUGUUGUUGUUACUUGCUGCUGCUGCUGCUGGUGCUGCUGCUGCAGCCUUGUUUUCUAUCAGGAACUUUGUAAGUCGAGUGAGUUUGCUGGGUGUCGUCUUUAUGGCGUUGCUGUCGGGUUUUGGAGCUGUUAAUUGUCCCUACGAGUACAUGACGUUCUUUUGGCGUCGAGUUGCGGAGGAGGACAUUGAGUUUCUGGAGAAGCGAGUGAGGCAUAAUCUCGACAUUUUAAUAGCAAAGAAAAAGCGGUUGACACUUGAGCUGAGAGCGUCGGCGAGACGACAGGAUGAGGCGGUGGCAGGUGGAAGCAAAAAGGGAUCGUUGUUCUCGUGGGCAUUUGGCUUCUGGUCGUCCAGCAAGAACGAUACGACGUACAUAAAGGGGUUGAAAGCCGAGAUCUUGACACUGGAAAGUCUUGGGCGCGAGCUGUUUUUGGAAGUGAAUGAUCUUCGAGAUGCACAGGCUAGAUCAUUGCGUGCAAGCACGUUGCGAGGCCGUGUGUUCAACUUCUUCGGCUACGCGAUGUCGGUCUUCUGUAUGUAUAAAAUGGUAAUGAGUACUGUAAAUGUGAUCUUUCGAAGAAACCGUGACAAGGACCCGAUCACUGAUGUUGUGGAAAAGCUGUUGUACAUCUGGCCGUCGUUGGCGAUGCAGCUGAAUAUCCGCUUCGUAUCAGAAAUAGCCUCACUCGGCUUUGUCGGAAUUCUCGUUUUCACCCAGACACGAGGCUUCCUGGUGGCGUUGCUGAAGUUUUUCCGCACUUAUUCGAGCACCGUAUCCUCGAACAGCGUUGUGCUCUGGCUGGCACACCUCAUGGGGAUGUACUUUGUCUCGUCCUUUGUCCUCAUGCGAAUGAAUCUCAGUUCGCUGCACCGGCAACGAAUUGACGAAGUGCUGGGCGAAAUUGAGUUUAACGUGUUCCAUCGGUAUUUCGACAUGAUGUUCGUGGUGAGUGCCUCAUGGAGUCUCGGGAUGUUGGCACUAACAAAAUUUUCCAAGGCCUCGCGCACAGCCAUCAAUGAUUAUGACGCUCACGACAAGUUUCCGUAA